GUGUAUCCGAGGCUCUCGUAUACCUAGAAGGAUUCUUCAAUCCUAUGCUGUAUUUCUACUGUCGUCUUAACUCUAUACUUGGUCAAUAUCUUGGAAAACGUGGGAAAGCAAAUGAAUCUCAACCUCGUCGUUGUCGCGCGUCAGAUCGCGUCCGAUCUCUGACCCUCAUGUAGACCUGAUAUAUCAGCUUGGUUGCGCUUUCUAGGUCUUUCAGAAACCCUCCACACAAGCUGAAUCAGUGUAUCUACAAGCAACUAUGAAGGUCGAUCCAAGGAUGUUUGGGCAUAUUCCGGGGAUUGAGGUCGGCACAACGUGGAAGAGCCGCAAGGAGUGUAGCGAUUCUGGAGUUCACGUAGGCAUCCUCCAGGGAAUUUAUGGUUCCCAAUCCGAGGGAGCCUACAGCAUUGCUCUGUCGGGCCAGUAUAUAGACGAUGAUGACAAAGGAGAGACUUUCAUCUAUACUGGCACUGGUGGUCGUGAGAAAACCAAUCAGGCUGGAAAGCGUAUUAGGCUAGGGCCCCAGACUCUGGAUCAGUCGUUUGACCAUCCCCACAAUAAGGCACUGCUGAUUUCAUCGGUCACUAAGAAGCCGGUGCGAGUCAUUCGGGGCUUCCAAGGGAAGUCGAAGUACGCUCCUGCAGAGGGGUACCGAUAUGAUGGUCUAUAUGUAGUGGAAGAGGCCAGGACGGAGGUCGGUAUCACUGGCCAUAAAGUCUGUCGAUUCCUGUUCCGCCGACUACCUGGACAACCAGAAAUCCAAACUCUGGAGUAUUGCCUAAACCUAAACAACCGUCCGAAGUCUAAACGUGCACGAGCUUCCACGACCACCACGACCACCACGACGCCUACUGUUCGCGUACGCCCAACCACCGGGAACAGCAAGCUCGCGCGCAUACGUAAACAGAUGGCGGCCAGACAAGCUGUCAACUUGGACCGACUUAAGCAUAUUCAAUCAUUGCAGAAUGCUCAGUCUUCUAAUGCCCCUGCGGAGAAAGAUCAUGCAUUGCAGGCCGGCCGCAGACCCCUUUAUCCUGGUCCAUCUGUGCCCGAGUUGCGUCCGCCCCCUCCACUCGAAUUUCAUCCACUUUCUACAGACAAUGACCCAGCAUCGCAUUCUCCGUCCUCUGUGAUAGCAGAAUCCAGCGGUGGCAGGGGGAGGAUGCGACGUAUUUCUAUCCCACAACGGACCCGACCACUUCUUAUUGGUUUGAGGCCUGUUGUCAAGAGCAUUGAGCGUGACCCUCGUUUGACAUCUUCCGCAUCUGCGUCCACGUCUCAGAACAGUUCAUCACGCCCUUCACCUAAGGUUGAUAUCAAGCCCGUCCUUGAUCAUCGUUCAUCCUCUCCUUCAUCUGUCAGUCUCCCAACACCCGGUUCGGCAUCACUAGAGACUGAGGCACCUUGGAAAACUCAUCAGUUUGGAUUGAAGCGAGAGGUUAGUGUGAAGGAGGUAGAUGAUGACGGGGAUGUCAAGAUGGAGCCUGAUGUAUCUAUCUGGUGAUUAAGGUAAAGAUUAAAGGUAACAUGUAUAUGUCUUGCUCUUAUGACUAUUAUGACUUUUGUCGCUUUGGACUUGCUUCGAGUUUAAGGCCUUUGCAGAUUAUGUGUAUGCAUUGCAAAUUCAAUACCACAUGUAUAGGAGGUUGAUGGUUGUAUGUUGUACAUACAAUACGAGAAAAUGAAACAGUAGGGGUUCACG